GUGAGAACAAGAAUACAGAGAUUUUUUUUUUCUAUGGGAGUUGUUAUGACAAUAUGAUACUUGAUAGCUGCUCUGAUUGCAACUUGCACAUCCUGAUCAAGACAGACAGGUGAGAGAGCAGGUAAUCUAUCCUGCGCAUAAAGGUCGUGGGAGUGCAGACAAUCAAGUACACAUGACUAAAAACAUGAGACAACAAGGAUGGGCACCACAGCAAAGGAAUACAAGGGGACACAAUAAAUAAAGCAUGUACACUUACAUUUAUGAUGAAUUGUACCUGUUUUAUCUUGUUUACUGUCAAUGAUAAACGCUUGUCAUCCUUCGAGGACAGUCUGGGCUUGAGAUAAGCAGGUGCAUUCCCAGCCCUGUCAGUUUGCCUCAUCAGUAUCCAUAUGUAGGAAUUGUGGUCCUGCUUCUUGAUCCUUUUUAACCCAAAUAUGGCCCAAUGGAUUCCAGUCCCGCGCCCCUCCUAUUCCCAGGCUCGGGAGAACCUUGUGAGGUCCCUGCCCCCUAACCUGAUCUGCUCCCUCUCCUGUGGAGGUAAACUCUGCCGCUACGAGGGGCCAGAUAACUGGAGCCUGCAACAGCAGGCCAUCCGGGGCCUUUACUCAGAAUGGGUGACGGGUGAUAUCGUUGCUAUGGCGCGACCCUCCACCACACUCAUUAAGAAAUAUAACAUUAUAGAGCAAUUCACAGAGUUGAACAUCAAGUCCAUCAUUAAUAUGCAGGUCCAGGGGGAGCAUGCUCAAUGUGGACCCCCCUUGGAACGAGAGAGUGGGUUCUCAUAUGUACCACAGGUCUUCAUGGAAAAGGGAAUCUAUUUCUUUAACUUUGGCAUGCCAGAUUUUGGGGUGUCAUCCCUGAUUCGGAUAUUAGAUGGAGUGAAAGUACUCACAUUCGCUUUGAAGGAGGGGAAGGUGGCAGUGCACUGCCAUGCAGGGCUGGGACGAACAGGUGUCCUUUUAGCCUGUUAUUUGAUUUUCGCCACUCGAGUAAGUCCAAGUGAAGCCGUCCACUUUGUUCGGAUAAAACGUCCCUCCUCUAUACAGACCCAACCUCAGAUUGACCUGGUCUUUGACUUUGCCCGCUUUCUUGCUCCUCACUUAAUCAUGUAUGCCAAUGUGGAUGCCAAAACAUAUCCCUUCACGCUGGAGCAGUACCUCAUUCGACAGAAGCAUCUCCUCCAUGGGUACGAAGCACGGAACCUAAAGCACAUCCCCAAGAUUGUUGACUUCACCUGUAAGAGACUGAUUAUGAUUGCUCUAAACAAAGCAGACAGCAAAGCCAUGCAGUCUGAAGUUGAAAGGGAAUCCUUCAUGCACAACUUAACUCAUUUGAUAAGACAGACACUGGUCAGGCAAACAUUUCUCCAUAUCACCACUCUGCUGAACGACCCCGAUAACAGACUAACCCCCUCUGUGAGUUCAGCUAUUUCUUGGGGGGAAAACGAGGGGUUCAGGAAGCGGAAGAUGGAAGUUCUUCAGGACAAGAGAAGCUACAGUGCAUCAGACCUCAGUAAAAUUGUAGCCCUGGAGAAGAAUAAGGCUCUGGAGCCCAUGAAGCUUCCUCCAGAAGAAAGCAAUCAGCCUAAUUCUCCAGGGCUGGGAUGUGAAGAUGUGAACGACUCUGCUGUGAUGGGAUGUGAAACUUUAAAUAAGAACUCUUCAGGCCUGGGACAUGAAAACUUAAAUAAAGACCUGAACACUUCAAAUUUAAAAACUGGAGAUGCUCCAACAGCAGUGGCUGAAGACAUGAGCAGUGACUCAGGUGGCACCGAGAAGAUAAAGUCUGAGAAAAAAAAUAAACCUGCUUUCAAAAGGUUUACUACUACAACUGAAGAGUCUAAAAAGGAACAAGGAAGUCCAGGACUUGGGACAGAAUCUCUUUCACAAGCUGUUGCUAUAGCAAUGGCAGAGCUUGAACCAAUAGGAAAUGAUCUUUUGAAGGAAAUCCAACACAUGCAGAAUGACUUGAAUGAGAAUGAAGGUGCCUGGGCAAUGCUGGCUACAGAGACAAAUCCUAAAGUUAUCAGUGUUUUAAUGUGGAGGUGGCUGGAACAGCUGAAGGAACCAGUGCUGAAGUCUGAGGACAUUGGACUGUUAAUGUCAAGCAAACAGGACACUAAAACUAUUUGGUCACUGCAUAAGUAUCAGGGUGAGACUAUUUGCUGCAUCCUUGACUGUAUCAGUCAACUUCCAAGCCUGAGCCCAAAGAUGGAAGAAGCUAUUAUAUGUCGUCUAAUUCGAGCCCUGACUCAGUGCUUGGAAAAAGAAGUUAAAACAUUUACUGGACUUAUUGAGCUCUUCAAGGCCAUCAUUAAGGAAAAACGCUCUCACAAUUUAUUUACAAAAGGACUUGUGAAAACCAAACAUAUGUUGAAAAUGUCUGCCAUCAUGAAAAACAAACAGAACCUGUUCUGAUCCAAAGGACCUUAAAAGAAAAGGAAUUUCACAGUGCAGUCUUAAACAAAGGUCCCAUUGGUCUUUUGAUUUCCAUUGUGCAGGGCUACUCUAAAUCAGAGAUCAGAAGUAUUGUCAGUUUUCUGUGUUUUAAUGAUCUUAAAAACAGCCAUACAAAAAAUGAUCUUCAGUGGCAAUGCAGUGGGACUACCUGGGCAAUGUAAUAUUCUGGGCAAUAUUUAUUGCAAAUACAUUGCAGUGGGGUUGCUGGUAAUGCCCCUGUCUGAUAAUAGUUAUGCUGGGUUUUCUUGAGGUAAUACACUGGUAUUAUAAUGGUUUCCCAAUGGUGUAAGAAUGGUAGAACUAUUGUAUUUGUAUACAGGGUUCAUACACUUUUUCAACAUCAAAAUUCCAUACUUUUUCCAGACUUCCAUUGUUUUUUCCAGACUUUGUGUUUAGUUAGUUUCUGCUAGUAUUUUGAUGGUUAUCCACAUAGGCGGGCAGCCACAGAGCAUUAUAGCUUUUUGAUCCAGAGCAGAAGUUAUACCUGGUUUUCUAAAAAUAUUUGUCAGAACCUGCAGGUACAUAUCUAGCAAGAGACAAUGCAGGUAUGCAAAACAGAAGUAAGAUACAAUCUAAGA